AAUAAGCAGUUUGAACUCACUGAUCUAAUGCAAUUUAUUUAUUUUCUAAGUUUUUUUGCAUGUUGCAAAACCAAUCCAGACUUUGUGACACUUUUUUACACGGUUCAUUUCUCAGGUAAAUGUUCUCGUCCUCCCUUUCCAGGGAGUAUUAACAUCUGCUUAAACCUGACAACUGAAACAUAAAUACAUUCCUUCAUCCACUUGGUUUUGACAUUACUAGAGCUUCACUGUUUAGAAAAUGGUUCAUCAUUUGCUAAAGUCAUACUACAGACCUAAAAUCAAACAAAUCCAGUAAUGAUUUAUUUAUUAUCUGAGCUCAUAUUCGUGCCAGUGUCCAGUUUCAUAACACCAAUGCAAAUGUAACUUAUUGUAUUUGUCCAUUAAGAUGGACAAUGACAGAAUUCAAAUCACUUUUAUGUAAGCAAAAAGGUGUCUGGUGUGUAUUCAAAUCAAACAAAAAAGUAUCUGUCUGUAUUACUUCAUACAAAUAUGAGCCUGCAGAUAAAAGAUAACUUUGCUUUGUGUUGUGUUGUUGGAGUGUCAUGCAAAUAAACACAUUAACAAUCAAUCAAUGUUAUUUGUCACAUGAAAUGGUACGAGGUACACACAGACUAAAUAAAAUGGUAAAUAUCUGUCUCACAUCAGAUGGUUUUAACAGCGGUCAAAUAACUGAAGUUACACAGCUUGGCCAGAUGGUGGCGCUGUAGAAAAACUUAUUUUCCAAAAGCUGCUGAAGUUUUACUAAGAAACAAACUUCCAUAGAUUACUCAGAUCAAGUGACAUUUAAUAUAAAAUGAUCCAUUUAGGACUUCAUGUAAUGUUAAAUUAAGUCUCUGCUGCCUUAGUUUUUUAUGGUGUGUCUCCAAAAUGUACAAAACAAUAUUUUCCUUUUAAUUAACAUAAGUGAAAAGUUUCUUUUAACUUUAGAUCAGUAGAGUCCAGAGUUUUUUAUCAUGCAGUGUGGUUGGUGGAGAGAAACUGUUGCUAAACUGCUGCAGCCAUGUUCAGUUCCUGUUUCUGACACUUUUUACAGAAGAUAGAAGUGACUUGUUGCUUCACUUGUGACUGUGACCUCAGAAGUAAGUUGCUGCUCUGGGUGUUCGUGAGGAGGCGGAGUCUCGGUUGGUGGCGCCCCGAAUGUCCUCAAGUCCUAGAAACACCCCUGCUCGGUGUUCUACGCUGUGUUUCCUGUCAUCUCUUUAUACUAACACAUGCUGCACAGUUGGGUGGUUUGUGGUUUUGCUCAUGACUUUAUACUCGCUUGGUGUUAGAGAAAAGGGAUCAGACUCACAAACAGGACCUCUGUCCUCUGGUCUCCUGGUUUGGAUCUUAACUGACUGAAGACACACAAGCUCAGUCUGUGUCAACAUGUUGGGAAACUUGUUCAGCAGAAAGUUUCCAGAAAUCUUCGUCCUAACUUGCUCAUCCUCGUUCAUGCACUUGUAGAGGAGUUUGUAGUUAUACACCUGGUAAACAUCUACAAACACACAUGAACAGUGAACGAUGAGCUCAUGUGUUUGUGACUCUUCACCUCUGUCUCCUCUCAUGAGGAAAAGAUGAUCUGCAGCAUCCUGCUGCUCAUCAUCCUGGCCUCCUGUGUCUCUGGAACAUUUGUAGUGAAUGUGACCCAGACCUCCUAUCAGGCAGAGGAGAACCACCACAUCACACUGGAGUGGACCUUCACAACCAACCCUCAAACUUCCUCCAACUCUCUUUAUAUCUUCUGUGAACUGUUAACUGUCCUCAGACCUUUACAUCUGUUUCAUAUCCAUGAAGGAAUUGAGGUACCAGAGUCUCAGGAUAAACAGUUUGCAGGACGAGUCCAGUGGGACAAAGACCUCCUCAGAGAAGGACGACUCAGACUUCAUGUGUCCAGACUCAGGACUGAAGACACGGGCCUGUACAAGUGUCAAGUGAUCACAAGUUAUGGGAGUAACUCUGGUAGAUGUUGGCUCAAUAUCACUGCGAGGGAUCGGCCUGAACCUGAGACACCAAACACAACAAGUCCACCACAACCACGGAGUUGGGGAAGCAUCGGCUUCUACUGUGGACUGACCUCAGCAGCAGCAGCAGCAGCUCUGCUGGGUUUUUGUUUCUGUGUAUUCAGGCAACGAGGGAUCGGCCUGAACCUGAGACACCAAACACAACAAGUCGGGGAAGAGAUUCUUCUCCAAGAGCAAGUCCACCACGACCAGAUAGUCGGGGAAGGAUCGGUCUCUACUGUGGACUGACAGCAGCUCUGCUGGGUUUUUGUUUCUGUUUUUUCAGACACUUUUCUGUCUAGAAAUCAAGAUUUCUUCUCUGUAAAAGUUACAGUUCACCAAGUGCAUCAGUAGAAACUUUAAUCAGACAAAUCUGUUAUACCACACAGACAGAAAAUACUAGUUUCUAACAAACAAACUGAAAGUUGUUUAAAAGAAAUGCUACUCACAAAAAGUGACCCUGAGUUAUAUUACACAACUGAUUAAUAAUGGAGGAAAAGAUGUUCCUCUUUAUUAUUUUGUCAAACUGUCACUUAUAAGACAGAUCUGAAAUGUGCACUGUGUUCACUUUAUCUGCCUGUUAUACAAUGCAGGCUGUAACUAAUACUGUAUGUGCAAUUUUGUAAUGUUCCUUCUUUUGUUACCUUUCUAAGGACUACGGAUGUAGCAUUAAUGCUCUGAUAUGUUACAUCAUGUUGUAAAUUGUGACAGUAGAAAUUACUGUCUGUAAAAAAUGCUGUCAUUUAGUGAAAUGUUUGCCAGCUUUUAAAGAAACAAGGAAACAACUUGUUGACAUUUCUUUAAGGUCCCAUGACAUGGUGCUCGUUGGAUGCUUUUAUAUAGACCUUAGUGGUCCCUUAAUACUGUAUCUGAAGUCUCUUUUAU